AUGAACGCUCAACAGGAAGAAUUACGGGACCGGGCCAUCAUCAAAAUAGCAGCUCAUUUACCAGACCUCAUUGUCUAUGGAAAUAUCUCCCCAAAGCGACCCUCUGUGGAUUAUUUUGAUGGAGUCCUGAUGUUUGUUGACAUUUCAGGUUUUACCGCGAUGACUGAGAAGUUCAGCACAGCCAUGUACAUGGACCGCGGGGCUGAGCAGUUGGUGGAGAUCCUCAACUGCUACAUAAGUGCCAUUGUGGAGAAAGUGUUGAUUUAUGGAGGAGACAUCCUAAAGUUUGCAGGUGAUGCACUGCUAGCCAUGUGGAAGGUGGAGCGAAAGCAGCUGAAAAACAUUAUCACGGUGGUAAUUAAAUGUAGCCUGGAGAUCCAUGGAUUAUUUGAGACCCAGGAAUCUGAAGAAGGCCUAGAUAUCCAAGUCAAGAUAGGACUGGCUGCCGGCCACAUCAGCAUGUUGGUCUUUGGAGACGAAACACGCAGCUACUUUCUGGUGAUGGGUCAGACGGUGGAUGAUGUGCGCCGUGCACAGAACAUGGCACAGAUGAACGAUGUCAUCUUGUCACCAAACUGCUGGCAGCUCUGUGACCGGAGCAUGAUUGAAAUCGAGAGGAUUCCAGAUCAGAGAGCAGUUAAGGUUAACUUCUUAAAACCACCUCCCGCUUUUAACUUUGACGAAUUUUUCACCAAGUGUAUGACUUUCAUGGAUUAUUAUCCUUCUGGUGACGACAAAAACCUCCUGAGGCUUGCGUGCAUGCUGGAGUCUGAUCCUCAUCUGGAAUUGUCCCUACAAAAGUACGUGAUGGAAAGCAUUUGGAAGCAGAUUGAUGACAGACAGCUUCUGGGCUAUUUGUCUGAACUUCGCCCAGUGACGAUUGUGUUUGUGAACCUGAUGUUUAAAGACCAAAACAAAGCAGAAGUCAUAGGCUCGGCCAUCCAGGAUGCCUGCAUGCACAUCACUUCUGUCCUGAAGGUCUUCCGAGGCCAAAUCAACAAAGUCUUCAUGUUUGACAAGGGCUGCUCUUUCCUCUGUGUCUUUGGUUUCCCCGGGGAGAAGGCGCAGGAUGAGGUCACUCAUGCUCUGGAAAGUGCUGUGGAUAUAUUUGACUUCUGCUCUCAGGUCCACAAAAUCCACACUGUGUCCAUCGGCGUCGCCAGCGGGAUUGUCUUCUGUGGGAUCGUCGGACAUACCGUGAGACACGAGUACACAGUCAUUGGUCAAAAAGUCAACAUAGCUGCCAGGAUGAUGAUGUCCUACCCAGGAAUUGUGACCUGUGACUCUGUCACCUACAAUGGCAGCAACCUACCAGCUUACUUUUUUAAAGAGCUUCCUAAGAAAGUUAUGAAAGGUGUUGGAGAUUCUGGACCAUACUACCAGUGUUUGGGCCUGAAAGAGAAAGUCAUGUUUGGUAUGGCAUACCUCAUCUGCAAGAGAAAUGAGGGUUACCCCUUGCUGGGACGUGAAAAGGAAAUCAAAUACUUUAGGUGUAUUAUGGAGGAAUUCUUGAUGUCUAACUGCAGCCGAGUCCUAAUGUAUGAAGGAUUAUCAGGAUAUGGAAAAAGCCAAAUACUUAUGGAAAUUAAGUAUCUGGCCCAAGGUGAGAACCACAGGACUGUUGCCAUUGCCUUGACUAAGAUCAGCUUCUGUGAAACUUUUUAUACCAUCCAGAUAUUUAUGGCCAGUGUACUAGGUCUGGAUACUUGUAAACAUUAUAAAGAACGGCAGUCCAACCUCCAAAAUAAAGUCAAGACACUGUUGGAUGAAAAGUUUUACUGUCUUCUUAAUGACAUUUUCCAUGUCCAGUUCCCUAUUUCACGAGAGAUUUCCAGAAUGAGCACCUUGAGAAAGCAAAAGCAAUUGGAAGCAUUGUUUAUGAAGAUCUUGGAGCAAACAGUGAAAGAGGAAAAGAUUAUUUUCAUCAUUGACGAGGCCCAGUUUGUGGAUUCGACCUCCUGGGCCUUUAUAGAGAAGCUAAUUCGGAACGUUCCUAUCUUCAUCAUUAUGUCGCUGGCUCCCUUCCUCGGCAACCCCUGUGCAGCGGCCCAUGCCAUACUGAAGAACAGGAACACCACGUAUGUCACCCUCGGGGCGGUACAGCCUAAGGACAUCCACAACAAGGUUUGUCUAGACCUCAAUGUGAGCAGCAUCCCCAAAGAACUGGACUUGUACCUGGUGGAGGGAAGCUGUGGGAUUCCAUAUUACUGUGAAGAAUUGCUAAAAAACCUGGACCACCACAAUGUUUUCAUUUUCCAACAAAUGGAGCCUGAGGAAAAGACAAAUAUGACCUGGAAUAACCUGUUCAAGAAUUUCACUAAGCCAACAGAGGAAUUAAAAACAUUUACUUUCCCUAAUGAGGAGGGAAUUAAAGCAGUCUGUAAUCUUGUAAGUGGUGUCAGACUGAAAAACCUGUCACCCCCAGCAUCAUUAAAAGAAAUCUCUCUGGUCCAGCUGGAUAGCAUGAGCCUUUCCCACCAAAUGUUGGUGAGAUGUGCAGCCAUCAUUGGCCUGACCUUCACUACCGAGUUGUUAUUUGAGAUUCUCCCUUGUUGGAACAUGAAGAUGAUGAUCCACGCCCUGGCACGCCUAGUGGAAUCUAACGUUUUCGAUUGUUUCCGGAGUGGCAAGGAUCUUCGAAUGGCGCUGAAACAGAACGUGGCCUCAUUUAAGGUGCAUUAUCGCUCCUUGUCUCUGAAGCCCAGUGAAGGGACGGCUCAGGGCGAAACUGAAGAGCUUCAUGAACUGGAAAGCGAGGUGAUCGAGUGCCACAUCAUUCGAUUCUGUAAGCCUGUGAUGCAGAAAACAGCCUCUGAGCUGUGGCUCAAAGACCAGAAGAAAGCCAUGCACUUGAAAUGUGCCCGCUUUUUAGAAGAAAAUGCCCACAAAUGUGACUACUGCAGAAACGGGGACUUCAUUCCCUAUCACCACUUCAUGGUGAACAUUCGGCUCAACACGUUGGACAUGGAUACCAUUAGGAAGAUGGCUAAGUCCUGUGGAUUUAAAGCUGAAGAAGAGAUUGCCAUUUCCAAAACAGAGUUUCCUAAGAAAUCUGAGUUAUUUCUGGAAAAUAUCAGUCCAGAACAAAUAAGAGAAAAGAUCUUGAAUUUCUUUGACAUUAUGAUAACAAAAAUGAGGACAUCUGAGGAUGACAUCAUCCCUCUGGAAUCUUGCCAGUGUGAGGAAAUCCUAGAGAUUGUCAUUUUGCCUCUGGCCUACCAUUUUCUGGCUUUGGGAGAAAACAACAAAGCCUUAUAUUACUUCUUAGAAAUUGCAUCUGCUUAUCUCAUCUUGGGUGAUAACUAUAUGGCAUACUGUUAUUUGAAUGAGGGAGAGAGGUUGCUGAAAAUUCUCAAGAAAGAAAAAUCUUGGAAUCAGACAUUUGAGUCUGCCACCUUUUAUAGCCUCAAAGGUGAGGUCUGUUUCAAUAUGGGCCAGAUGGUGCUUGCCAAGAAAAUGCUGCGGAAGGCACUGAAGCUCCUCAACCGAAUCUUUCCUCACAGCUUAAUCUCCGUGUUUCUCCAUACCCAUGUUGAGAAAAACAGACACUCUCAUUAUUUGAGUCAGCAGGCCCAAGAGAACGCCCCUCCAGGGAAGAAGAGGCUAGCACAACUUUACCGGCAAACCACCUGCUUCUCCUUGCUGUGGCAGAUCUAUAGCUUAAAUUAUUUUUUUCAUUACAAGUACUAUGGCCGCCUGGCAGCUAUGAUGCAAGUGAAUACCGCACUGGAAACUCAAAACGAUUUCCAGAUCAUUAAGGCUUACCUGGACUAUUCGCUGUACCACCACCUGGAUGGCUGCCAGGACGUGUGGUUCAAAUACGAAGUCCUGGCCAUGGAGCAGAUCUUCGACAUCCCCCUGAAAGGCGAGGGCAUUGAAAUCGUGGCAUAUGUGGCCGAUACACUGAGCUACAUCAAGCUCUUAAUGGGACACCUGGACUUGGCCAUUGAGUUAGGCUUUCGAGCCUGUAAGAUACGGGCACAGCUCUGGAAUCCCAACAAGUACUAUACGGUCCUCUGCAGACUUAGCAAAUCUCUCUUCUUGAAAUGCAGAUACAAGCAGUUGAUCCAGGUGCUGGGGUGGCUGUGGGAUCUUUCCGUAGAAGAAGAACACAUCAUCAGCAGGGCGUUUUUCUAUUUUGUCUGCUUGGACAUCAUGCUUUAUUCUGGCUUUGUUUAUAGACCAUUUGAAGAAUGUUUGGAUUUCAUAGCCCAAAAUGAAGACAAUGAAAUCCUCAAGUUCCAAAGUGGACUCCUCCUGGGACUUUAUUCGUCUGUAGCUAUCUGGUAUGGUAGACUUCAGGAUUGGGACAACUUUCACGUAUUUUUCAAUAGAGCUAAACAUCUAGUGCCAAGAAGAACUCCAACAGUUCUUUAUUGCCAAGGAAUUUCCAGGUACAUGGAGGGGCAAGUUCUCCACCUUCAAAAACAAAUUGAAGAACAGACUCAGAAUGCCCAGGAGAACGGUGUUGAGAUGCUCAAGAACUUGGAGAAUCUGGCAGCUCAAAAUACCACUGGCCCUGUUUUCUACCCGAGGCUCUACCACCUGAUGGCCUAUGUCUGUUUACUAAUGGGAGAUGGGCAUGACUGUGACUUCUUCCUGAACACAGCCUUGCAGCUCUCCGAAACACAGGGGAAUGUGCUGGAGCAAUGCUGGCUGAACAUGAGCAAAGAACGGUGGUACUCAAACUCCGAGCUCACAGGAACCCACUGGCUUCAAAUAGUCCACAGUCUCCCAUCAUGGGACGGAAUUUUAUCAGGCAAGGUAAACAUUCAGGAUGUUCAAAAAAACAAAUUCCUGAUGAGAGUUAAUAUCUUGGACAAUCCUUUCUAA